UGCGACCACGUGCGCGCAAAGUUCCUGUGGCCCGUUACCUACCACAAAUAAUGCAGAGAUGCGAUACUCUUUCAGACAUCUUGACAUCAAUUACGCACCGACGAGAGCGAUGCAUGGAAACAUACGUUUAUGUAUUCGUUGGCGAACGUAUAAGCACCUCUGGUCCUGUUGCUAGAGGGAGCUGUGCGUACGAAGCUCGUCAGAUCUUAGAGGUUACAGUGACGCUUAGCUGGCACAGUUCAAGUUCAACAACUCACUGAUUCCAUUUUCAGUAUGACGGGAUUAACCGAACUUGCAGUCUGGUAUGGAUACUGAAAUAUCCCUGGAUUACUAGGAUAUGAUAUACUUACAGACUUAAGAGACAGAGUGCAGCUUGAAGCUCGCAAAACGACUGGCGCCACCGAGUUGUUCUAUUCGCACGGGCGCCAAGUAUAUUGACUUUCGUCCUUCAGCUUAAACGACAUCGUCAACAACUCAAAAAAGGGACCAGUGUCUUUGUGCUGCUAGAGUGACUGUUUCACAAAUCCUCUGUGUCUCACAUAUACCUUCCUCGUGUCUUUUCUCUGUUCGUGAUCUGCAGUUAUGUCCGACUCCGACCAAGAUGCCUCCGUUCUCGGUAAACGUGCGCGUAACGGAGAACAGGACGUGAAGCCAGAAGCAAAGGACGUCAAUAUCAAGAAAGAGGGGCAUGAUGAGUCCGACGAUGAUGUAGGGCCUAUGCCUAUGCCUGCAGGACCGGGAGAGAAUGGUAGUAUCAAGAAGAAACGAAAAGUUCUUCCUCACGAAAAGUUGUAUCUGGACCAUCUUCCCAGCGCGGAUAGAUACUACAAGAGCUUCAUGCACCGAGAUGUGAUCAAUUUUUGUGUCAUAACAGAAACGGGGUUCUUAAUUACGACCUCGAUAGAUGGUCAUCUCAAGUUCUGGAAGAAGCAAGAACAAGGGAUUGAGUUCGUCAAACACUAUCGCGCACACCUCGCAUCUGUAGUUGCCGUCAAUGCUAGCGCCGAUGGACAACUGUUUGCUAGCGUUGCAGAGGAUGGUACUGCUAAAGUCUUCGACGUGGUGAACUUCGACAUGAUCAAUAUGCUGACACUGGGCUACAGACCUCACGCGUGUUGCUGGGUGCACGGAAGAGGCGAAGCGCAAGGUCUACUCGCCAUCUCUGAACAGAACACAGGCACCAUUCAUCUAUAUGAUGGCCGAGAUGGGAAGUUGAUCGAAACUAUCGACAAACUACACAAAUCCCCGGUGCAUAUCAUAACUUACAGCGACAGAUAUAAUACAGUCAUCUCAGCAGAUGAGGCUGGUUUCAUUGAAUACUGGCAACCCGUUGAGCCUUUUGAGCAGCCAAAACAUAUUCCUGGCAUUUGGUCAUACAAGAGCAGCACUGACCUCUAUCAAUUCAAGAAGUCAAAAUCAACCCCGACAUGUGUAACGCUCUCCCCCGACUCCUCUCAUUUCGUCACUUUCUCCCUCCCUGAUCGUCAGAUCCGGGUAUUCAACUUCCUCACAGGAAAGAUGACCCGUCGAUACGACGAGUCUCUAGCAGCCAUUCAAGAGAUGCAACAAGCGGGGACGGCCGUGUAUAAAGUUGAGGAUAUGGAGCUUGGACGAAGGUUAGCUGUUGAGAGGGAGUUGGAGUUACCGGGACCUGAUGGUCGUGUACCGGGUAUGUGGAGUAAUGCGAUUUGGGACGAGAGUGGGGCAUUCGUGCUGUACCCUACUUUGCUUGGUAUCAAAGUUGUCAACACCGUGACCAACCGCGUUGUCAGGUUGCUCGGCAAGGACGAGACGGUACGAUGGAUGAAUCUGUCACUGUACCAGGGUGCACCGGCGAAGAAAGGUCGGACAACAUUGGCAGCAGCAGCAUCCGCCAACCCACUAUUGGCAGAGAAAGGCGUACGAGAUCCCACUCUCUUCUGUACAGGAUACAAAAGGCAACGGUUCUACAUGUUCACACGUAUAGUGCCCGAGGACAAAUCGGGCGAUCGUGAUAUCUUUAACGAACGUCCCACACGGGAAGAACAAACUAUCGCCACCUCCACGCACGCUCUCAAGACCGGUCCCCCACCCCUUGCCAACGCAGCCACUAUCCACACUACCGUCGGAGACAUGCAUCUUCGUCUUUUCCCUCAACAAGCACCGAAAGCAGUCGAAAACUUUGUUGGUCAUGCAAGAAGUGGAUAUUACGAAAACGUUAUCUUCCAUCGUGUGAUUCCAAAGUUCAUGAUCCAGACUGGUGACCCACUUGGAGAUGGAACGGGCGGGACGUCAAUUUGGGGGCAUGAAUUCGAAGAUGAGUUCUCGGAUGAUUUGAAACACGAUCGACCCUAUACCGUCAGUAUGGCCAAUGCCGGACCGAAUACCAAUGGAUCGCAGUUCUUCAUCACGACGACGGCAACACCUUGGCUUGACAAGAAACAUACGAUUUUCGGUCGUGUAUUGUCCGGCUUGGAAGUCGUUCAUAAUAUCGAGAAUGUGAAGACUAAUAAGCUGGAUAAGCCCUAUGAGGAUAUCAAAAUCAUUAACAUUGAUGUCGAAUAAUGGAUUCAUUCUUGAUCACCUCAUGUACCCAGCAUUGUUUGUAUAUAUACAUGUGCCCUUCGUUUGCUUUGCUUUGUGUUGACCAUACCUGUCAGCGCUGUCCGUCACAGGGCAACUCGGUCAAACGUCGCUUGGUGUUUCUUGACUAUUCCUUCAGCUAGACGUUGUUCAAGUUGUCCUUCAUUGAGACUCGACGGACAGGAGAAUUUUAAAAGUACAUGCUCUCGAGGGCUUUCCCGGAUUCCAUGGAGGGUCAGACAGUAUUCAUAUACGUCCAGCUGGGUAUUUGCCAAAAAGGAUGUCUGGUUCGGGAUCUCUGGGAUAUAAGCAAUGGGGUAUUCGAGGAUCACGGCCGCGAGAGGGACGAGGUCGGUUACUUCGAGGUUGUUUAAUACAGGAAUGUUCAAUAU